AAGAGCGCCGGGGAGCUGUAGGAAAAAAAGAAAGAGCGACAUAAAAGCGCACAGCGAGCCGCCUCUACCCUUAUAACGGGAUGAAACGCACCGCCGUCGUCUUUCUUACCCACACGGCACACGACCCCACACCACGAUCACACCUUUCUAGAUACAAGGGAGGAAAGUUGUUUAACUCCACGUUUGUUUACUUUUUCUCCUCUCUCUCUCUCUCUCUCUCUCUAUCAUCACGCUUUCGCACCUAUCGUUGCCGCAUUUACAAAAGCGUUCCAGCGUUUCUCUUUCUCCUUCACGGCGUGGGUCGGUGGUUGGGUGGGCGGCGGAGUGAGUGCGUUAGUUAGUUUACCACCAACCAACCAGAUCGAUUCGACUCGAACAGCGACGAUCUAUGACUUUUGGCAGACAUCCCCCCUUCUGGAUGAAACGACGAUUGAUGAACUGGGUUGGUGUCGGCCGGUCGGGGCAGGACGGACUAUUUGCUUGCUGUUGGUUAUCCCCGU